CUCUCAGAAAUCACGCUGAUUCACAACAUCCAGUCAUGGCAUCUCCUCUGCAGUCUCUCCUCACCUUUCCCUCCCUCUUCUUCCUACUUUGCUCUCUUUUCCUUUUCAUUAUUUUCUUAAGAAAAUUGUCAAGAAAACUCCCAUAUCCACCAGGGCCCAAAGGCCUGCCGAUCAUCGGAAAUAUGUUGAUGAUGAAUCAACUGACCCACCGGGGACUAGCCAAUCUCAGCAAGGUGUACGGUGGCCUGCUGCAUAUGAAGAUGGGAGUCUUGCACUUAGUGGUCGUGUCCACCCCGGAGAUGGCUCGUGAAGUUCUCCAGGUGCAGGACAGUGUUUUCGCCAACCGGCCAGCCAGGGUUGCGAUAAAAUAUCUGACAUAUGAUAGAGCGGACAUGGCCUUCGCUCAAUACGGACCCUCUUGGCGGCAGAUGAGGAAGAUUUGUGUGAUGAAGCUCUUCAGUCGAAAACGGGCUGAGUCUUGGGCGUCGGUGAGGGAGGAGGUGGAUUCAACGCUUCAAAGUAUCGCCAACAGAGGUGGGUCUGCUGUUAAUAUUGGUGAAUUGGCGUUGGACCUCACCAAGAAUAUAACGUACAGGGCUGCGUUCGGGUCGAGUUCGCGCGAAAAACAGAAGGAGUUCGUGAAGAUUUUGCAGGAGUUCUCGAGGCUUUUUGGGGCUUUCAACUUUGCAGAUUUUAUACCCUGGCUGGGUUGGAUUCAACGGAAGGAGUUCACUGAGCGACUGGUCAAGGCUCGAGGAUCACUUGAUGAGUUCAUCGAUAAAAUCAUCGACGAUCACAUUGAAAAGAGGAAGAAGCAGAAUAACAGCGGAGAUGAAAGUGAAAGUGAAGCAGAGUUGGACAUAGUGGACGAGUUAAUGGAGUUUCACAGCAAAGAUGUUGCAGCGGAAGACUUGAAUUCUUCAAUCAAGUUCACAAGGGAUAACAUCAAAGCUAUCAUUAUGGACGUGAUGUUUGGUGGAACAGAAACUGUGGCAUCGGCAAUCGAGUGGGCAAUGGCGGAGCUCAUGAAAAGCCCAGAUGAUCUGAAGAAACUGCAGCAAGAAUUAAUAGAUGUGGUGGGCUUGAACCGAAGGUUACACGAGUCCGAUCUGGAGAAGCUCACCUACCUCAAGUGCUGCAUCAAGGAAACCCUCCGGCUCCACCCUCCAAUCCCAGUCCUCCUCCACGAGACCGCCGAGGACAGUGUGGUGGCCGGAUACUCAGUCCCAGCACGCUCAGAUGUCAUGAUCAACACCUGGGCUAUAAACCGAGACAAGACCGCCUGGGAGGAUCCGGAGACGUUCAAGCCAGAGAGGUUUCUGAAGAAGGACGCACCUAAUUUCAAAGGGAGCCACUUUGAGUUCAUUCCAUUUGGGUCCGGCCGGCGGUCGUGCCCGGGUAUGCAGCUUGGGCUGUAUGGAUUGGAUCUGGCUGUGGCUCACCUUGUUCAUUGUUUUAGCUGGGAACUGCCUGAUGGAAUGAAGGCUAGUGAUCUGGAUAUGAGCGAUGUGUUUGGACUCACUGCUCCGAGGGCGAUACAGCUGAUCGCAGUGCCGACUUAUCGCCUGCAAUGUCUGCUCCUUGAGUGAAAAGGAGAAGAAGAUCGUGUUGGUGAUGGAGGCCUGUAAUGAUAUUAAUUUUCUCUUCUAUCUACAAUAAAUAUGCAUGUAUUUUGAAUUUUAGAUCUCUAAGACUUGGUUUGUUUAUGCUUCAAUAUUAAAAAUAAAAUUUGAGAAUAA